CAGCUCUUCCUCACCACACUACCACACUGCCCCAGUGCCCUGCGCCCACCACCCGGCCGGACCCCUGCCCACGUUGCCUGCUUCCUCUGCAUGGGGCCCUGCAGCAACCCCCGCCUGGGGCUCCCCGGGGGGGAGUCGCCCUCCCAGCCCCCCCAGAGGAGGAAGAAGAGAUACCUGCGGCAUGACAAGCCCCCCUACACCUACUUGGCCAUGAUCGCCCUGGUGAUCCAGGCCGCACCCUCCCGCAGGCUGAAGCUGGCCCAGAUCAUCCGUCAGGUCCAGGCCGUGUUCCCCUUCUUCAGGGACGACUACGAGGGCUGGAAAGACUCCAUCCGCCACAACCUCUCCUCCAACCGGUGCUUCCGCAAGGUGCCCAAAGAUCCCGCGAAGCCCCAGGCCAAGGGCAACUUCUGGGCGGUCGACGUGAGCCUGAUCCCAGCCGAGGCGCUGCGGCUGCAGAACACGGCCCUGUGCAGGCGCUGGCAGAGCAGGGGCGCGAGGGGAGCCUUCGCCAAGGACCUGGGCCCCUAUGUGCUGCAUGGCCGGCCCUACCGGCCGCCCAGUCCCCAGCCGCCGCCCCGUGAGGGCUUCAGCAUAAAGUCUCUGCUAGGGGACUCCGGGGAGGGGGCGCCGCCGAGCAGCCCAAGUCGGUCAGGCUCAGUUCGCAUAGGGGAGGAAGAGGCACCCACUCCAGUCCCCACCUCUGAGAGGCCUCUGUGGCCCGUCUGCCCCCUCCCAGGGUCCCUGAGAGCAGAAGGGGAGACUUCCCAGGGGGGAAACAGCAGGCCCUCGCCCCUCUCCCCUGAACCCAGAGCCUGGCCCCUGCACUUACUGCAGGGUACCCCAGGCCCUGGGGGACUCUCUGGUGGAAGCCACAGGGCCUCCCUUUGGGGGCAGCUACCUACCUCCUACUUGCCCAUUUACACUCCCAACGUGGUGAUGCCAUUUGCCCCACUGCCACCCACCUCCUGCCCCCGGUGCCCCCCCUCAACCAGCACAAGCUAUUGGGGGGUGGUCCCUGAAACCCAUGGCCCCCCAAGGCUGCUCUGGGAUCUAGACGCCCUCUUCCAGGGGGUGCCACCCAACAAAAGCAUCUAUGAUGCGUGGGUUAGCCACCCCCGAGACCUGGCUGCCCCUACCCCAGGCUGGCUACUCUCCUGGUACAGCCUGUGA